AUGGGAGGUGACGAUCAUCAUAAAUUAGACGAAGCUAAGAAUAUUGCUACUGGAGUUGCAGGUGGUGUCGGUGGUGGCGCUAUUGCGAACAAGUUAGGUUUAGGUCAAGUUGGAGGUAUAGCUGGUUCCGUUGCAGGCUCGAUUGGUGCUAACAAGGCUGAACACAAGGUUGAAGAAAAGAAGUAG